AUGAUAGAGAAUGAUUUUUAUCUUGCUCUUUCAGGCGAGGCAAGUGCCGGGAAAAGCAGCCUGAUAAAUCUCAUUCUGGGAGAGAGGCUUCUUCCAUCUUCCUCACUGAGCACAACUUCCACGUUAUGUGAACUGAAGUACGGCGAGGAAAGAAAAAUUGUGGCGCACCUCAAAGACACAGAUUCGAAAACAGGCCUAACAUCGACCAUGUUUCUUGAGAAUCCAACAGAAUCUUCAGGGAAAAGCUAUCUCCAGCAGAUCUCACCUUAUGUCCAAGUGAAGGGUGCAGACCGCGGGAAAGGUACAAUUUACAAAAAGGUUGAAAUCUUCUGGCCUCAUCAAUUGUUGAAGGUAAGUAUUCAGUAAACUGUUAAAUGUCUUCUGUAAAUCAAAACAUUACGGAAAUACUUGAAAGUAUGUAAUACCCUCCUUUGCCUAAGGACGUCAACUGAGCUAGCCACUAGUGUUGUCUCACAGUUCUUUCUCGUAUAAAGUAUUCCAGAGGUUGAUAUGGAAAGUUGAACCCCCGUCAGUAAUCAAGAUAUUGGUUUCUCCAAUCAGAUAUCAUGAACAUCGAGACCAAACUUAGGGGUUUUCGAUUGACAACCUCGUUACAUGAGAUGAAUUGGCAUACAUGAACGGGCUGACAUUCACUGCAGGAUUAAAACUAAUAAACUCAACAAAAAUUAAAAUGACAUGGAUCCAUAUCCAGUCCUACUGUAAAUAUUAACCAGUUUGAGUGAAUAAAAAAUCGGUUUAAUGUUCAAUAGCAGUUGAUAGUUUUCUAGACCUAGAUUAUGCCAAAAGGAGCAAUUCGAACAAUCUAGAUGAUUUUCUAUUGUAGAUAGUUAUUUAGCGUUAACUUCUGUGUUUAGAAAGGUGUCACAAUCAUUGAUAGUCCUGGGGUUGGAGAAUCGGAAGUCAUGGACGAGGUAGUGACAGAGUAUCUUCCUCAAGCCUUUGGAUUUAUUUAUGUCAUCAACAGCGCAAACGCUGGAGGGGUUCAGAAAGACAGGGUAAGUAGCUAGUGCAAUGUGGAUAGCAGUGAAAUUAAAAUUUUAGAAAAGAAAAAAUAGUAUUGCAAAGGAGGAAUCAAAGCGAUGAAUAAACUUUUAAACUUGACUAUUUUUUAAGUACUUUGUCGCCAUUUUGUGCUAAUUGGCAACCCUUUGACUAAUACAAAGCUUGUAUAUUUGCUGAGCGAACUGGGCAAGAUAUCGCGCGAAAGACAAGAGGAGUUUCCCUCCAAAUGUGCUUUGUUUGUAUGCAACAAAUGGGACCAAAUUCCAGAGGACGAAGCCGGCGCUGUUAAGGCACACAUAGAGACCAAGUUAACAGAGUGGUGGCCUGAUCUUAUUCCUGAAUCCCAAAUCACCUACAUAUCAGUAAAAAAUGCUCUCGAUGCUCAGAGCCGUGGGAAGAUUAAAGCCGACUUUAUCACCCUGAUAAAUGGGAUCCGCAUUUUUGUUCUAAAAUGUAUCGAGCAAAGGUUGGGAAUUCACUGGAGGUAAUUGCAUGCCUUCUUUUAAUUAUGGAAUUGGAUGUUAUGGUUUUAUUGUGGUUAUAACUGUUAAACAAAGUCAAAUGAUAAAAAAAGAGACAGAAACUUUAGAUUAGUAACAUAAGAAGAACUUCGAAUUAAUUUUUUUAUAUCAUUGUCAUCCAAACUCCAACAUUAAUGGGCAAACUCCUUUCGCGGUGGGAGUCUUAAAUCGUAUAUGUUAAGCAACUUAAAGGAUUAAAACGAGCCAGGUCAUAUACAAUGGGAAAUGAUCAUUUCAUUGUCUAUGUAGUGAUUUGCUGAUUACUGUUUUGUAUGUACCAGUUCUUACUAAAACUAGUUAUAAAAAUACAAUUAGAAUUACUAUGCUCUUUUCAUUUCCUUAUUUCCUUACAGAUGGCUUGAUUUUGUAUUUUACCAACUAAUUUGUCAAACAAAGAUGAUUACGAUGAACGCCGGUAGAGAUCGUAAAAAAGUCACGAACAACAUGACCACCAUACUUCAUCGUCUGGAAGUGCUUGAGAGACAACAAACCCAACUUAUUGAUAGGAUUCGCAUAGGUAUGACAGCCCGCGCCAACGAGGUCGAAACAAAGCUCUGCGAAUUUCUCAAUUCAGAGGAUUUGCGAAGACAAUUCAUCUAUCAAUUUUCCGGAUCUGCUCCAUCCAUAAGUGAGCUGGACGAAGAACUGCAAGUAAUUUUGCAAAAGUGGGAAGAUAAAAAUCAUGUAUUUGCAAAUGCUUUUAGCUUGCCUCUUCAACGAUUUUUGGAGCAACACAAUUUAGCAAAAAUGCAAAUCCCGAAUCUUCAACGUGACAUCUCGGAAGUCUCAAUGGCCACACCAAUUUACCCACACUGCAAGUUAAGCGCUUCCGUGGUCUUCAUUCUUGAUCUCUUUGUUGAGAGGCUUGGAAUAUACGGGGGUAUGUCAGAAUCUUUGGUUGAACUCGAUCCCAUUACGGGUGUGAUGAGGUUUAGUACUCCUCCUUCAAGGAUGAAAGAGAGCUUUCUUCAGUGUGUUAUAAAUGGAGAUGCAGCUAAGUCUAUGGUAAAUGAAAUGCUCAAAAAGCACCUGAAACGUUUGGAACAAAUUGGAAAUCAGGUUCCACAGAUGAUUCAGGCCAACAAAAAGUUAUGUGAAGAACUCCGUAACAACAAGCAAUCACACCAAGAGAUUAUAGAAUUGUACGAGCCAAUUAAGAACAGUGCUUUUGCUAUUAGAGGACACCUAACAGAAUUUGGGCUGAGAGAGGCUUGUGCCCACUGCAACGAAGAGUUGCAGUGGAAGGAUGAUCCAUCUUCCAUUCUUGGGCGUGGUACGUUUGCCUCUGUGUACAAAGGAAAGAUGAGAAGACGUUGAUGCGAGCAAAAAGUAGCUGUGAAGGUUUGCCGCAAACCUUUAGACGUCGAGAAUGCAAGUCUCAUGGUUGAAGAGAUGACCCUUUUGAGGUGAGAUAAAUUUCCCCCAUUUCAGUCUCGAUGUUUUUUUUUUUCUCCAAUUUACAAUGCCGCGUAUUUGGAGCAGGGCUUGAGGAAAAAUUGAGCAUCAACCGUUAUGCUCUUUUUUAAUCCUAUAAUUGCGACAAUUAAUUGGAAUCUUACGCGGCAAUCACGUCAUGAUUUUGGAGACUUUCCAAUUAUUUGUAGAAAUAGAAAGUUUGAAUUAAAGGAAUUUCGAUCGGUGCUGUAACGUUAAGCCAUAUACCGAACUGUUAUGCCAACUUUUGAAAAAAACCCUUGUUUAACAUGAUGCCAACAAAGCAUCUUUCGCCCUGCACCAUGUUCAUAGGUGGCAAUUUCCUUUGACAGAAAAUUAGAUCACCCUCAUAUUGUCAAGUUUUUUGGGACUGCACUCUUGAAAAAAGAGGACGUGGUAAGGGUGAUCUUUGUGAUGGAAAGGUGCACAGAAAGCCUCAAAGAUCACAUCUUCAAGCACCGAGAAUCCGUCCCGGGUAUAUCCGGAAAAACAGCAUACCUUAGAGUUUGUCGUUGGGCGAAAGAAAUCACCGCUGGUCUUCACUUUAUGCACGAAGUAGGCAUUAUCCACAGAGACCUCAAGCUAGAAAACAUCUUGGUACGUACUUACAGCGUUCUUGAUAUUUUUACCGCAUCUUGCCAGUCGUUGUAAGUCAAUGGAGUUGAUUAGUCAAGUAUCACACUGCCUUCAGAUUCUGCAACUGUUUUUCUGCUUUUUUUUUAUUAUUUUUUUAUUUUUCAAUCGUGGGCAUCCAAACUUCUGGAAUUUCUGCACACAUCUCUAAACCAAUUGAAUCACAGCGGAAAAUCUCGCCUCUUGGGUGACACUCAACCCGUCAAGUUCAUUACCCGCAUAACACUACCAGUAUGUAUUCAAGAUACCGUGAUCCACAUCGUAAGUCAGCGGAAAACGACCAUUCCCCGUUAUUUUUAUUAUUAUCAUUAAAAAAGAAACUAAGACAGACUCGCAUGAUAGCAAUAUGGUAACAGAAAAGAGAAGAUGACAAACAGUUGAGAAUGGUCGUGACUGAAGUGUUAAGAAAUGUGAUUGUCAAACAAUUUAUAAGCGAGGUAGAAGCCAUUUUUUCAGUAUAUUAAGUUUUCAUCUUCGUAAAAUCAAGAACAGAAACUUCUCUCUAUUGCAAAUGCGGGAAAACAUCUAAAGAUUACCAAUCCAAUAGUAAAUAUACUUCUCAUUAUUUUCAUUUAAGCUGUCGGAGGAGGAUUCCGUGAGAAUAGGUGAUGUCGGCGUUUCUAAGGAAGCAAGUAAAAUCACCGGUACUGUUAUGGGAUCUUUUUUGUACAUGGCUCCUGAAGUGUUCCAUUCCAAACUUUAUGACUACAAAGCAGACAUCUACAGUUUUGGAAUAAUACUUUGGGAGAUGUGGUUCGGACGACGAGCAUUUGCCGAAGUUGAUGCGCCAAAUAACCAACAUUUCUUCAGCUUGGUUGAUGAUGGGCGUCGUCCAAAAGAUAUUAUGGAAUUGAAGAAGCCACCACGCCGCUGGAAAGAACUUAUGAAGAGAUGCUGGGAUGGAGACCCAGAUAAACGUCCCACAGCUGAGAGUUGUGAGCGAGAAAUAACUGAACUCUGCGAUGAAUGGUCUGGUCAUUAG